AGCAGGUUGAGGGAGCCGUGUUGCGCCUGAGGGAAGAUGCUGCGCGAUCGGACGCUUCGGCUGCAGUUCGGCCACCGCCUGGAGGCGGUCUGCGUGCUGGGCACCCGGCUGUCGGUGGACGUCUUCGGGGCCGCUCCACCCGAAGCGGUGAAUUUCAGUGUGAAACAUUCACAAGACGUCAGUGUUGAAGUCAUAAGCCACGAUCAGUCGGACUUGGCCCCCGCCAACGGAGCUAAACAAUGGCUGCUGGAUCCCACCACAUUCCUGCAGAUCCAGAUGACCCAGCCUAGCGUGGAGACCAACGAUAGCAAAGUAACCGUAGGAUAUUAUGGAGAGAAUGACAAAAAUCCUAUAAAUCAGGCUGGCAUUUUUCUAACUGGCAUUGGAAUCUCCUUGGAUGUCGACGCCGACCACGAUGGUGUGGUGGAGAAGAACAACCCAAAGAAGGCUACGUGGACCUGGGGCCCUGACGGCCAGGGUGCUAUCCUGCUGGUUAACUGUGACAAAGAAAAUCCAUUCAGCAGCACGGAGGACUGUCAGGAUGAGAAAAUAUUUUCCAAGGAAGAUCUGGAGGACAUGUCCCGGAUGAUCUUAAGAACGCAAGGCCCAGGCCGGCUUCCCGCUGGCUACGAGAUGGUUCUCCACAUUCCAAUUUCGGACUCCGACAAGGUCGGCGUUUUUUACCUGCAGAAUCCAUUCUUCGGCCAGCGCUACAUACACAUUUUGGGGAGGAGGAAGUUGAGCCACGUGGUGAAGUACACGGGGGGAUCGGCCGAACUGGAGUUCUUCGUGGAAGGACUGCGCUUCCCGGACGAGAGUUUUGACGGACUCGUCUCCGUCCACGUCAGUCUGCUGGAGCCGAUGGCCGAGGGUAUUCCACAGGCCCCGAUCUUCACCGACACUGUUGUUUUCCGGGUCGCGCCUUGGAUCAUGACCCCAAACAUCCUACCCCCAGUCAGCGUCUUCGUGUGCAGGGGCCCGGAUUUCGGCUACGUGACCCUGGAGCCUCUCUUUGAAAUCGUCACCAGCUUGGACUCCUUCGGGAACCUGGAGGUCAGCCCCCCGGUCUCGGUCCACGGGAAGGAGUAUCCUUUGGGCAGGAUCCUCGUUGGAAGCAGCUUCCCCACAGAUCAGCUGCCAGGCCAGACGGAUCCUGGCUGCGGCCUCUGGUUCACCGGCUCUGCCUUCCUGCCCCCCCCCCCCCUCCCCCCCCCUCCAGGAUACUCUGGCACGGACACCAAACGCGUCACCAUCAACAAAGUCCUUUCUAAUGACAUUAUGGUGCAGGAGAACCAAUACGUGCAGAGGUGCAUCGACUGGAACCGCGACAUCCUGAAGAAAGAACUGGGCCUGAAAGAAAAGGACAUCGUGGAUCUACCUGCCCUCUUCAAGAUAGACAAAGGAGGGAAAGCCAUGGCUUAUUUUCCCAACAUGGUGAACAUGAUUGUCCUCUCCAGGGACCUGGGCAUCCCCAAGCCUUUUGGGCCCAUCAUCGAAGGCGAGUGUUGCUUGGAGCAGUAUGUCUCCUCUUUGCUGGAGCCCCUGGGGCUGGCCUGCACCUUCAUCGACGACAUCUCCUCGUACCACAAGCACCUGGGAGAAGUCCACUGCGGCACCAACGUCCAGCGGAAGCCGUUUGCCUUCAAGUGGUGGAACAUGGUCCCGUGAAACGGGGGGGCUGCCGCUCCCCCCGGGAAGUCAAGAGGGGUUUCAGACACACACUUUGACCCUCUGGCCGUCUGGCUUGACCCGCAAAAGAAUCUGGGCGUCUCUUUGCACGCCCGCUUGAGAAACUAGGCGAGUCAGCAGGCGGUGUGGGGGAAAAAUUGUUGGUCUGAACGCUGCAGGGAAGAAGCAUGCUGUGUCGAUUGGACCCAAGGAGCAUUGCAGGGCCCAGUCGGGUGUCUUGACAACUUUUGCGUGUGGUGUGCGUUUUCUUUGUCCUCUCUAAAUUAACCUUCAACGUCCCGCUUUUCUUCCUUCCUUCCUUCCCCUAAUGUAGCCAAGACAAAGCCCCUUCUGCAGGGGUGUGAGGGGUGUGUGUUUUUACAGCCUCGGCUUUUGUUGCGGUGGGGGGCACUUUGGAACAACAGGAAUAAAAACGAGGCGACAACGUUUGCGGCGUGACCAUGUUUGCAGUGUGUGGGCCAGGAGGCGUUUUGCGGAGUGUGAUGUCCUUUCUUGCAACGAUUUGAUAUUUUUAUUAUUCCUUGAACGUCAUUUGCCGCUACUAUUAAGAC